UUUUCCCUCCCUUAAAUAUUUUAUCGUCUUUAAGUAGACACUAAACAAAAUGCUACUUGAAGGGACUUUGUGAUUAUUUAGUAAGGUGAAUAAUUUCACCUUUUUUAUUUGGUUACUAAAAAAAAAAACCUGUUGCCGUUGAGUCGAUUCCGACUCACAGCGACCCUUUAGGACAGAGUAGAACUGCCCCCAUAGGCUUUCCAAGGAGAGGACGGUGGAUUUGAACCACUGACUUUUUGGUUAGCAGCCAAGCUCUUUGAUUGGGUUUUAUUUAUUGUGAAAUCCUUUGUUUAAUUUUAUGAAUGGCUUAACCCCUUACUCCUCCUCCUCCACCCCACACUGGUAAAUCUGCCACCCUAGUUGCAUGGUCUGCAGAGGUCCCCCCUGUUAUCUAAGCAGUUUGAGGCCCUUCACUCUCCCAAAUCCCAGGACUUCUCUUUUCUUCCUAGUCUAAAUCUCAGCAUCCGUCAAUACCCAGCAAAAACCCUAUUUCCUUCAGGAAACCUUCUCUGACCACCUUUAUUUCCAAAUAUUUUGAAGCCUAAGUUCCAGUGCUUAUUUGGGGGAAUCAGGUUCUUUGGCCUCAGGAAGCACAGUGUAGUGAAGGAAACAGAGAAAAAGUAAAAACAGGGAUAAAUACUUACAACCUGUGGGAACACAGAGGAAGUGCCUAACCCAGCAGAAUGGGUGAGGAGCCUUUCAAGGCCAUUUCUGUACCACAUGAGCCUUGAAUCCCCAGUUAAAUGGGGCACUUCUUAGAGGAGGGUGGGCACACCAGCAUGAGAAACAUGUUGGCCUGUUCUUUGCCCAGAGGUAGUCAGGUUAUGUACUUGUUGGGGCUGCUUGUAAGGAUGAGGUGAGAUUGCUGACAGGAAGGUGGGUUAUGAGCUUGCCCACCUCACACUGUUUUUACCCUUCCUCUGUCUCUGCUUGACUGAUACUCUUUUUCUCUCCCAAGAUGAAAUGUGGCAACUGUGGUGAGAUAUCAGAGAAGUGGCAGUACAUCCGGCUGAUGGACAAUGUGGCACUUAAAGGAGGCCGUGGCAGCGCCUCUAUGGUCCAGAAGUGCAAGCUGUGCUCUCGGGAAAACUCCAUCGAGAUUUUGAGCAGCACCAUCAAAUCUUACAAUGCUGAAGACAGUGAAAAGUUCAAGACGAUAGUAGAGUUUGAAUGCCGGGGUCUCGAACCAGUUGAUUUCCAGCCUCAGGCUGGGUUUGCCGCCGAGGGUGUGGAGUCGGGGACAGUCUUCAGUGACAUUAACCUGCAGGAGAAGGACUGGACUGACUAUGAUGAGAAGGCUCAGGAGUCAGUGGGAAUCUACGAGGUCACACACCAGUUUGUGAAGUGCUGAGCCCUCCUUCUGCACCCUUGCCCCUAAGAACUGAGAACAGAGAAAGUGCCCCAAGCAACAGCCACUGAGACUGGUCCCCUCACCCCUCGUCUCCUGGCAGCUGUCCCAAGCCCUCAUAGUCUUGCAUGCUGGGCUCUGUCACAGCUUCCCAGGCCCCCCAGCAAAGCCCCUGUUCAUGCUGCACUGGUGCAGGAACGUGGGCUUGGGCAACGGCCACUUCCACCACAAACAAGAAUGCACACAAGAGGUCUCUGACUGCUCCCUGGCACCUUCCCACAGUUCAAAACGCUACACCUGAUCCAUCUUGUAAACUACUCAGGAGCACACUGCUUCUAAGGGUUCUCCGGCUUUGGGGGACCAGCAGGCUAACCCAGAGGACCA